AUGACAGACCCAAUACUGACAGACCCAACUUUUGAAAAUAAUUUUUAUGAUUUUCUCGACCAACCUCCCGUUAAUACUAUUUCAGACACCUUGACAAACGUUGACGUGUCAAAUCCUUUUCAUGAUGCUAUAUCACCUCUGAGACCUGCUAGUUCAGCUUCCAAUUAUCAAGAGAAUUCUGAAAAUGGUCAAUACAAUACCACCCCCAAUUUCAGUCACCAAAAGAAGGCUAGUAUACCGAAUCCUUUAGAACACAUUUUAGACGAGGAUUCAAGUUCAAGUACGACGCCAACUAUUAUUGUGCAACGAGAUGGGCUCGGCAGUAGUGCUGCUUCAGUUUCAGCUUCUUCGAGAAGUCUGUACGAACAUAGAGAUCUAGAUGUCGAUGUUGCUUCAGUUACUGCUAUAUCUAUUCCGUAUGAUAGUAGGUCUUCUGAAAGUGACGACGAGGAAAGCAGUAGUUAUGACGAAGAGAAUUAUAAUGGAGGUGCCCCAACUGGGCACCCUAAUUUUGCAAUGCUUCACCAAUCGGAAAAUCAAUAUCGUGAUCAAGUUCCUUUACCAAAAUUUGAAAUAGCAGUAGAAGAUCCCCAGCAAAUUGGAGAUACGUUUACUGGAUAUAUUCUGUAUAACGUCCGAACGAGGACGACGUCGACAAAAUUCAAAAGCCAAGAUUUUACUGUUCGUAGAAGAUAUCGUGACUUUCUAUGGCUAUAUAAUCAAUUGACAUUGAACAAACCAGGAGUAAUUGUGCCGCCUGUUCCAGACAAACAUAUUUACGUGCUUGCGGCAGCCCGCUUUCAACACGAAUUUGUUGAAAACAGACGUCAAGCCCUCGAAAAAUGUUUAAAUAAAAUAACCUCGCAUCCAGAACUUCAGGAUGAUUCGGAUUUACAGUUAUUCCUAGAGUCUGAUACUUUUACAACUGAUUUGAAAAGAAACGAGUCCAAAGGUGUUUUAAGAUCGCUGAGCGACGCAAUGUCAAAUGCUACUACUUUUAAUAAAUUUACAGAAACUGAUGAGUGGUUUGAGAAUCGUCGUAAUCAAUUAGAUAUUCUGGAGUCACAACUGAAAGCUUUAUUGAAGUCAGUUGAGGCUGUAGUAAAACAACGGAAAGACCUUGGUGGUGCAACUAAAGAAUUCGGUGAGAGUAUGAUGACUCUUGCAUGUGCCGAAUAUGAAAAGAAUGAAAAUGUUGCUAGAAAUUUAACUGUCCUUGGAAAUCUCCAGCUCAAAAUAAGAGAACUUCACGAGAUUCAGGCUCAGAGAGAUGUUGUCGCACUUGAAAAUACCGUCGAAGAGUAUAUACGGUUAAUUGGCUCUAUUAAAGUCGCGUUUAGUUCACGUGCAAAAUGCUAUCAAACAUGGCAAAAUGUACUUUAUGAAUUACAAAAAAAGAAGAUGACAUAUGAUCGAUUCAAAUCGCAGGGUAGACUUCGUCAUGAGAGAUUAUCCUUGAUGAUAGCUGAUAUUUCUGAGAAUGAACGUAAAAGCGAAGAUUGCAGACACGAGUUUGAACGCGUCACCAAGCUGAUCAAAGCGGAAAUUGAUCGUUUUGAUAAGGAGAAGGUUGAAGAUUUCAAAAAUUCUCUUGAAAAUUUUUUGGAAUCGAUGGUGCAAACCCAAAAACAGAUUAUUGCGCUUUGGGAAUCAUAUUUUAAGGAAAUUGAGGUGGAUAAGAGAUCAUCGUCAGAACAAAUCGCUGUGUCUACAAAUUAA